AUGGAUCCAAAUCACGAACAAGGUGAUGUGAAAGUGGCUGACUUUGGAGUCGCUGGGCAAUUGACGGAGACGGUUAAGAAACGCAUUACUUUUGUCGGUUCACCGUUUUGGAUGGCUCCGGAGCUAAUUAAACAAGCUAGCUAUGACUAUAAGGCUGAUAUUUGGUCGCUUGGAAUAACGGCCAUCGAGUUGGCUCAGGGCGAACCACCACAUUCCGAUUUGCAUCCGAUGCGUGUGCUAUUUCUAAUUCCUAAAAAUCCACCUCCGCAAUUAACAGGCCCACAGUGGUCGCGAACGUUUAAAGAUUUUGUGGAGCUGUGUCUAAAUAAAGAUCCAGAUAAUUAUUUCAUUAUCAGCUCUCGAACCGGCGUCUCAUCCGACAGUGACCUUGACGAAGACUCGGAUGGUGGAGGAGGAACGAACUCUUGGGACUACCCCACGGUGCGUGGAGCCGCAAGUGAAAGAAAUGAUGCUGACCAGAUUGAUGAGACUGUAAGACAGCGUGACCGACAGUCUCGACCUGCGCUUCCUGGGCGGACGCAUGUUUCUGUGAAUGACGGUGAUAGCAGUCCAGGAGGAACCAUUGUUAGGGUCAGAGGCACAACAUUAGCAACAUCUUCCGUUACUGGUGGAGGCAGCGGUGGACAAUCAAAUGCUUUUCCACCGACUACCAUAACGGUAGCCAGUCCACCAUCUAGUCCGGUAAAUCAUUUCCGUGUGUAG